UUUGACAAAGAGGGAAAUGCUACUUCUUUUGAAAGGAAGAAAAUUGAGUUAUACCAAGAAUUAGGACUUCAAGCCAGAGAUUUGCGAUUUCAGCACGUAAUGAGCAUCACAACCAGAAACAAUAGGAUUAUCAUGAGAAUGGAGUACUUGAAAGCUGUGAUAACUCCAGAGUGCCUUCUUAUAUUAGAUUAUCGUAAUUUAAAUUUGGAGCAAUGGCUGUUCCGGGAGCUUCCUUCCCAGUUGGCUGAAGAGGGUCAGCUUGUCACAUACCCUUUACCUUUUGAGUUUAGAGCUAUAGAAGCACUCCUGCAAUAUUGGAUCAACACUCUUCAGGGAAAACUUAGCAUUUUGCACCCAGUGAUCCUUGAGACGUUGGAAGCUUUAGUGGAUCCCAAGCAUUCUUCUGUAGACAGAAGCAAGCUGCACAUCUUACUACAAAAUAGUAAAAGCUUAUCAGAAUUAGAAACAGAUAUUAAAGUUUUCAAAGAGUCCAUUCUGGAGAUCUUGGAUGAGGAAGAGUUGCUGGAAGAGCUGUGUCUGACAAAAUGGAGUGACCCCCAAGUCUUUGAGAAGAGCAGUAGUGGAAUUGACCAUGCUGAAGAGAUGGAGUUGCUCUUGGAAAACUACUACCGAUUAGCCGAAGAUCUUUCCAAUGCAUCUCGGGAACUUAGAGUACUGAUUGAUGAUUCACAAAGUAUUAUUUUCAUCAAUCUGGACAGCCACCGCAAUGUGAUGAUGAGAUUGAACCUACAGUUGACUAUGGGAACGUUCUCUCUCUCGCUCUUUGGACUACUGGGAGUUGCGUUUGGAAUGAAUUUGGAAUCUUCUCUUGAAGAGGACCCCCGAUUGUUCUGGUUGAUCACAGGCAUUAUGUUUAUGGGAAGUGGACUAAUCUGGAGGCGUUUGCUUUCAUUCCUUGGACGGCAACUAGAAGCUCCCCUGCCUCAUAUGAUGGCUUCUUUACCUAAAAAGUCCCUUCGGGCUGACAGAAGGAUGGAAGUAAAGACCAGUCUCAGGCCGGAUGGACUUGGAUCAAGUGGGAACAUCCUAACAAACCGCUAGGAACAUGCACAAGAAUGGAGAUUUUU